CAAUCAAACCUACCGCGAAGGCGAAGCUAACUCGUUCCAUCUUUCUUUCUUUCUUUCUUUCUUUCUUUCUUUCUCUCUUUCUCUCUUUCUUUCUUUUCUUCUUUUCUUUUUUCUUUUCUCUUUUUCUUCCUUAAUUCUCUCCUCCGUUAUCACGUCUAUUCCAUUUCCAGUCGGAUGUCGUCAAACUUUGUGGGGUCUUGGACUCUCCUAAUCUCAUUUUCUCUCCUGGUUUCUCCAGAUUUCGUUUUCUCAAUAAAUACGUGACGAUAUAACAAUUUGAUUGUUCCUUUUUAUAAGUAAUUGAAGGUUUCCUCGUUGGAACAACCAGUUUUUUAUUUUCAAAUCUUAAAGAGCUCUUUCAGGAACUCUUUACCUAAUCUUUUCGGUUCUAACCUUUUCGUAAUCGUAUGGAAAAAAUAAUGACGAAAAUUAUGGAUUGCCAAAGUCUUUCGUGAUUUUUCUUAAUUGCUAAAUAUGCCUGAUCGUCUGUGAAAUACAAGAAUAAAUGGCAAGAGAGCAAAUGAAACCAGUGAUACCCUAGAAUUCUAGGAAGAUGAUAUUCGCCUCGUUGGUAAUCAACGGUCGAGACGACAGCCAGACAAGACAAUGAUAGAUCAAUCUAAUUUGCAUGGGUAGAUGCGUGUCGUGCGUCACAUUCUCCGUUCUUUCUUUAUUCAUUAUUUUUCGUAUUUUAUCUCUUUCUUUUUCGUUUAUCUUCGUCACAUCUUUAACGUUCUAAAAAAGUCACGCUACUAAAGCCGAUACCUACUCGAAUUCAACCGUGACCACUGACAAAAUAACAAUUUAUUGCUUAGGAACUGACCUCUAAAUGUCUAUCUUUUUUUAAGAAUUGGAUUGACAGUAUUCUAAAGACAAAAAAUCUUCCCAAGUCGAUUUCGAAUUAGCGAAAUUCGUUUUUAACGUUAGUAUGAUAAAAUGAUCUCAAGAAAAAAAAAAAACAACAAAAUUAUAUAAAAUUAACCGACAAAUAACGACAACAGCGACCAUGUUAAUUCUUAAUAUUAAUCGUCCCAAGUAAGAAAGUACCGAGCUUGUCGAUUGAGGGUAAAACAGAGAGAGUGACUGUCGUAAAAGAAGGAGAAGUUUCGCUAAAAAAUCAAUUGACGUUAGGCUAUCUUGCUAUGAUAAAAAUUCCAACUGUUUUUCUUGCUAAAAAGAUAACUUUUGUUCAAAAGGUAAUGGAAUAAUCUCAGAUUGACGUUUUGCGAAAGUAAUCUUUUUACCGAUUGCAAAUAUAAAGGAAAUCCGUUUGAACAUAAGACGAGGUAUCGUUAUUAUGAUCGGAAUUGUCCUAUUAGAAUGAACAUGAUCCAAUGAGAAGGUUUCUAAAGUAUCGACGUGAUCUCUCGAGGGAAAAGGCGAAAUUGAAAGAAAAAAAAGAAGGAAAAAAAAGUAAAGAAAGAAGAAGAAAGAUAAGUGAAAUGCAACGUAGCGGUAAAGGAUUGAGGAAGGAACCGGUAGCCACCCAAGAAGGCGGUUCCCUUUCUUUCUGAAGUCGACCGCUUUUAACGUGGUCUUCUUUGCUUUUUUUUCGUACCUUUUGCCUUCAAGGUUGCCGCUGCCUAUGGUGAACAUAUAAGAUGAGAGAGAAAGAAAGGAGAAAGAGAAGGAAAGAAAGGAGUCUUUUGCACCUCGGCGACGCGGGGUGAGCUUGUUAACUUGACGUCUCAAUUUAAACGCUUUCGAGCACGCAGGUUCAGUUGAAUCGAAUCAAUGCAAGCAAAAGAUGCAAAAUUAUCCAGAAUGAGAAUACAUGAGAGAGAUAGAAAAGGAUUAUAUACGUUGAUAUAGGUCUAUGUAUCAUGAAGAAACGCAUUUUUGCGUACUAUAUAUUACGUUACUUCUCUCUCUCUCUCUCUUUUUCUCUUUCUCUCUCUCUCUCUCUCUCUCUCUCUCUCUCUCUCUUUCUCUUUCUCACUCUCUCGUAAAGAAACACAGGAAAGGUUGGAAAAAAAGAGAAAGGAUAGAUUAAUAAAAUAGAAAUAAGAGAAUGACAAGGAGAGGAAGAGAGAGAGAGAGAUGGAGAGAGAGAGAGAGAGAGAGAGAGAGAGGAGACUGAAUCCUCUGGAAAGUACUAUUACGGAAGGAAUAAGAAAGUCCUAGGGAAAGGAAAAGACGAAGAUAGGAGUCUUGGCUCAUAAUAGGAGGAGAGACCGGCGCCUCAGCAUCACCACGUGGCAUGCGGCCAACUACUGUCUCCUGAUCAAUAUGCUUACAGCUAACUCGCUUCUCUUUCUUUCUUCUUCCUAUUCUUUUUAUCUCCUUCUACGUUCUACGCUCGUUUUACACGUUAACCACCAUCCUGAAAACCGACGCCGAGAACAUCAGCGACGACGUCGAAACGUUUCCAUUACGAAAGGAAAUGAAAAGGUUCGGCGAAAAGAUAAGAUCUUUUCUUUGAAUCUUAAUUUCUUGAAAAUUUACUUUUUGUUCAAUUGGAGGAGUUCGAAAAAAGAACGUAGAGGACGAAGAGGAGAAUAAUGAUUAGUCGGAAUCAGAGUACCACGCGUGAAGCACGUGUUUGCUAGUUGAACGGAUCUUCUCUCGCCCUCCCCUUUUCAUGCCGGGGUGGCGCCGAUGUCGGCGGCAGGAUUUCUGCUGUUGGUCGUUAUAUAGCGGAGGUGGUGCCGGUGGAAAGAAGAAAAAGGCUUUGGUUUUAUCUAUUUCUAUUUAUCUAUCUAUCUAUCUAUCUCAAGAUCUGAACAGAUCACCAUCCGAUGGUUAUGUUACACAACUAUAUUUCCAUGUUCGCAGAAACUCCAUGGCAUAUAGAUGAGUGAAGGUUUAAAUGUAUUAGCGCAUCUUGAACGGUAUACCAUCGCGUUAUAUGGGAAAACACCUAUAUAAAGAGUUUAUGAAGAGUUUAGCUGAGCGUCGUAGAGUAGCUAUAUCGUCGUGGGUAGGUGGGUGGAUGGGUAGAUAGUGUCUCGUUGGUGGGUGGUGAUAGUGGUGGCGGUGGUGAUGCCGGUGCCGGUGCUGCUGCCACUACUGUUAGUAGCGCUGAUCGUAGAACGGUAGUGGUGUUCUUGUGUGUGUUGGUAGUGGUGGUGGAUGCCCCUCAGUGUCCGGCGCGCCUCCGACAAGCGUGCUUCGCUCGUUACGGAGAUCCUGCGGCGUUUCGUCCUCCUUCGUCGAUGCUAGUCUAUCCGUGUCCUCGCGAAAUCAAGUGGACCGAAGUCGGGAAAGGUCGUAAGCGACGAAAAUCGGGAAGGAUCAAGGAUCUUUAGAAAAUAUUUCAGGACGACUGGAGUCACUCGAAUGUUUAUACGGAUUUUCGAAAUUUUUCGAAAGCCAUUCUCGACGAAACGGCAAUACCAACGCUAAUACCAGCAGAGAAAAGAAAAACAACAGCAGUAACAUCAAGAGCGAACGUUUCUUUUUCCUUAAUUUUCAUAUAAAGGAAAAAGGCGAUGCGAUUGGAUUUAUCGUUCGAGAGCAUAUUAGAGCUCCUUGUUAACUUAUCGAAAAUUUUCCAAAGGGACGCGCUACGACGGAUAAUAACGACAACGACGACGACGACGACGACGACGACGAGGACGACGUGCUAUCGCGAGGGAUAAGAACUACAGAGAGGCGCGAUAGAUCGUCGCGACGCCUUCUUUAGACGAGAGAUCUUGAGUCGGCCGAUGUCGUCGGAUAUUCUUGCUUGUUGGGCCGCGCCAAACUUUUAAAUGGUGCACUCCUCCAAAGGGUUUAGUCGUAGUGAAGCAUUAGGUACACAUAGAAAGUGUCCAAGAAAGUCACGGAGACCUUAGAACGUAAGACUUUUAUCGUAAAUAAAGAGAGAAAUUUAAUCGUAAAUAAAGAGAGAAAUACAGAGAGAUAGAGAGAGAGAGAGAGAGAGAGAGAGAGAGAAAGGGGGAGGAGAGAGAGGGAGAGAGAAAGAAACAGACAGAAUCAAUCAGGAUCAGUCAAAAAAACGAUAUGCGAAGAACGACAAGUGUCCUUGACUUGAAAGAGUAAGAUUAUUCCGAUUCUUUAAGAAAAAGAAAAUAGAAUAAGAAAAUUGAAAAAGAUCAAGAUCGAUAUUCAGCAGGUUGACGGAGAGUCGGCGAAUCGUAAAGAGGUGGGAUCGCGAAGCUUGAUCGUACGUGUGCCUUGCGUGUAUUCGAAGGGAGCGCGAAUGGCCGAGAAAACGAGCAGGGUGUACCCGAUUACGGCGGUCCAACGUGACGGUCAGAUCGAUCCCAAAGCACCGGCACCGGAUCGUUGGUAAUGGGGGGUUUAGGCGAGGAUGCCUUCUUCUCGUCGUCGUCAUCGUCAUCGUCGUCGUCGUCACCGUCGUUACACACUAUCGUCGCAUUAUCGUUGCGCCCGUGUUUUUGUCGUCGUCGCCGUCGUCAUCGCAGCCUCGCCUUGCAGCUGUCUAACCCAAGGAAAGCUCUCACCGCGGAUAGGCACCUUUUUGGAUCCUUUCUCCUUACGGUCUUCGUCCUUCUUUUUCGUAACAGCGAGGAAAAGAAGACUGCUAAGACGGAGAGAAAGAGAAUCAGUAGCAUCGAUAGUAACGAUAGUAGGGAAAGCGAGACAGUUCGUAGUCAUAGAAUUUUUGCCUCGGAGAGAAAAAAGAAGGAAGGAGAUAGGGUGCUCCUUGGAUCGGCCGUUCGAGAAGGAGAGGAAAAGAGAGGAAAGUGGAGGAGGUGGUGGGGGAGGAGGAGGUGACUCGCCGCCGAAAUGCACCAGGUGCCGUACGGAGUGGGACUCACCUCGAACGAAGGUCGAAUCGCCAAGUUCGGAGAGGAGAGCCAAUAUUGCCGGCAAUGGCACCAUCAACGACAACGGUAUCAACAAGAACACCAACAUCGGCAGCAGCAGCAACAACAAUCACGUUGCCAGCCUCGUCAACGAGACAAAGGUGACAACGCCGACAUUUGCGAACGAUCGAGUCGAGUUUUCGAAUAUACCGAAAGAAGAGACGAAAGUACACGACGCCUACACGUGCGAUCGCCUAAACUGUUCUCCAGAUAUGGAGGCGGACUCCUGAUACCUUCCAAUUUGCUUCUUAUUGGACUGUUUCUCUGUUACCUGACUUUACCACCCGUCCAACCGAGACAGAAUCAUCAUCAGACAUGUCCCGGCUGUCCUCAUCAGCAGCAGCAACAUCAGCAUCUUCAUGAAAUCCAUCGAGGUGGAAGCAAGCAUGGAACUGCGCCGAGUCCUGAUGACCUCAGAUUGGAAGCCAUUAAACAUCAGAUAUUAACGAAAUUGGGCUUAAGAACACGGCCUGACGUGAACAGAACCUUGGCUGCUGUCCCGAGACAUCUCGCUUUGGAGACUCUAUACCGAGCUGAAGCUCAAGCAUCGCCGCAGUAUCCAGAGAGGACGCGGAACGAUCACGGGGCUGAAUAUUCAGGUGAAUUUCUUUAUGGUGGCGACGAAUACUCGUACAAGAAUCUUGAUCAGCAAAACGAGGAGACGACAACGGAUGGUAAUUCAAGGACCACCACGCCCUAUCAGGGAUACGGUGAUUACGAUACUAGACCGGGGCACGAACCUCAGGAGGAGAUGGAUGAUUUUUACGCAAGAACAUCGGAGAUUAUUACUUUUGCCGAACCCGGGCGUACGCUGAACGGACAACCAUUACUGGAAUUUCCAAUGUCCAGCGGCGAACCGGCAUUAGAACCUCUCAGGAUCAAACGGGCGACCCUUUGGACACGAGUAGAAUUCAGACAAACUCAUCACUAUCAACAUCAUCGUCAGGGUCAAAGCAAUCAAAGGAAUAUCACUCUCUGGGUAUUUAGGGUGCGUUGCGGCAACACGACGCAUUUGCGCGGCAAGGAACUCGGGGAGCAUCUCGAGAUGGUGACGUUCCUAGGCGUAAAUGUUGGUCAAUUGGGUUGGCAGAAGUUCGACGUAACAAAGGUCGUCAGCAAUUGGUACACAGCAAAUUCGAAUUCACCGAGGGAUAAACUGACGCUCUUGGUGGAUUGCACAGGAUGCGGCACGCACGUUCACGUGUCGACUUUUGGCGGACACUCACCGCACGUGAUCGAGUCCUCGUUAAAUCCAAAAGGUGCUCAAGAUCCGGAUAGGCCUUUCCUCGUUGUACGUACGGAUCCCGCAGCUGUGAAACGCGUAAGAAGACGAGCGAUCGAAUGCAGCGGCGCGAUAAAAGGUCAAUGCUGCAAACAGAGAUUCUACGUGAGCUUUUCUCAGCUCGGAUGGGAUGAUUGGAUAAUCGCUCCUCAAGGAUAUUACGCGAAUUACUGCAGAGGCGACUGUGCGGCGGGUCACAGAACGCCGGACACGUUCCUAAAUUAUUACACGCACGUGAUCGAAGAGUACAGAAAGAUGGAUCGGCUCGCCGGUAUGCAACCAUGUUGUGCACCCCUCAAGUUUUCGCCGAUGUCGUUGAUAUACUAUGGACCAGACUCAAACAUCAUCAAGAGGGAUCUCCCAAAGAUGGUGGUCGACGAGUGUGGCUGCCCCUAAUUCGAACCUCCAAUGACAGAAGGAAGGAAGGAAAGAAAAAAAUAAUGAAAAAAAAAAGGAAAAAAUCGACGCCUCCCCUGCGAAAGAUCCUCCUCCUGCUCUUUAUCGCGAUUUAUUCGGGAGCCUUCAACCACGAGGGAUUUUGUUUGGAACUUCCUACAUUCUUCGUUUUCAACCAUCAAGAUUCCUCGAAAGAUUUUCGAGAAGAAUCGAAAGGAAUCGAAACAAGCGACCACGAUCGAAAUUUCGCCGAAAUCAAUGAAAUUGUUCUCGAAAAAGCAAUCGUGUUCGCUAUUACCGAGCAUAAUAAAUAGUCGAGAAGGAAAGGAGAUGAAAGAAAGGAGAAGUUAGAAGAGGGCGAUACGGAACGUAAUUGAACGGGCCGGAACAGAAUAAAAUUAAACAAAAAGAAAAAAAUAAAUAAAAGAAUGAAUACCUCCUCGGUCGGUCUCUCGGGUGUGUCCACCAUUUUUGAGGUAUAAUAUAUUAUAAAUAAUAUACAUACAUAUAUACAGGCGAUACCUAUACAUAGGCGAAUACACAUGACAGAUGAAU